AUGCAAUUUGCGUUACAACUUCUUGUAAGUUGCUUCAGCGCAGCGCUUGUGUUGGCGUCAGCCACUGACAAAUCCUUCUUCAAAAGUGUAGAUCUGCGCGAUGCGCUAUCAGGUUAUGAUUACUCUUUCGACCCUAAGCAUUGGUUUCAGAUAGAGGCUGAAUUGUUCAUCAGUGAAGGGCAAACUGAGGAAAUCUCUUUGCAAAUUCCUGAUGACUUCGUUGCUUUACCCAAAACUUCUUUCAGUUUAUUGGAUCAUUCUAAGGCUAUUGGUAAUGUAGUUAACAACGAUAAUGUUAUUACUGUAUCAUUCUCUGAGCCUCCCACUUAUAGCACUAAUGCUACCUUCAAUUUUUUGAGCAAAUUGAGUGAAGAGGCCUUAGAGGACUUGACAAAUCCCCGUGAUGUGGAAUAUGUCUUUGAAACAUCUCAUGGUAAUUCAUUUAGUCAAGUGAUGCAUUACGAGGCCAAGAGUCUGAACAAAACUACCGCUAAUGGUGGAAUCUAUGUCAAUAACAAGACAGCUUGGUUUACGAUAGAUGUUCCAGUCGACCAGUUGGAUCAUCCUAUCUAUAUUAAUGCGGAACCAAAAAUGGGCGCUUCAAAAUACAGUAUUGAUACUACCAAGACUAGGACUGAGUUAGUUAAAAAGGUUGAUAACUUCAAUGAGCCUUUGGAAUCUGUACCAUUUCCACCAAUGAAGGAUAAGUCAUCUUCAAGGGCUAUCAACAUGAAAUUUGAUGGCACUGGCACUAAGGGCGGUAAGUAUGUGCGUAUUACCUAUUUCACUUUACCUUUAUACCAUAGUUCCGUUGGGAGCCAGGUAAGUUUCCGCAAGGGAUCUGCAUCAAGUAUCUUUAGAAGAGAUUUCAAAAAUGACUUGGAGCUUGAUGUCUUUGCAGAUUCUCACGUCAAUUUAUUCCCAAGAGAUGAUACCGCUGAAGCUUCUCCUAGCUCUGGAAUGUACUCUAAUAACUCGACGCCAAGCAGUAGAAUGAACAGCGCCUCUUCUUCUGUUGUCUCUUCUUCCUCAAAUCCUUCAAGCGGAGCCUCUAGUACAUCUUCCGCUGCUCCUGGCUCUAGUUCUAGUCAGCAAUCGGCCGUCACUUCCGAAGCAUCGAGCUCUUCAAGCGAAGUGCCAGCUACUUCAGCUAAUUCAACUUCAGCAGCACCUACUUCUGGAUCUUCUGCUGCUCCUAGCUCUAGUUCUAGCCAGCAAUCGGCCGUCACUUCCGAAGCAUCGAGCUCUUCAAGCGAAGUGCCAGCUACUUCAGCUAAUUCAACUUCGGCAGCACCUACUUCUGGAUCUUCUGCUGCUCCUAGCUCUAGUUCUAGCCAGCAAUCGGCCGUCACUUCCGAAGCAUCGAGCUCUUCAAGCGAAGUGCCAGCUACUUCAGCUAAUUCAACUUCGGUCGCACCUACUUCUGGAUCUUCUGCUGCUCCUAGCUCUAGUUCUAGUCAGCAAUCGGCUGUCACUUCCGAAGCAUCGAGCUCUUCAAGCCAGGUACCAGCUACUUCAGCUAAUUCAACUUCGGUUGCACCUACUUCUGGUUCUUCCAUUGCUCCUAACUCUACUUCUAGUCAGCAAUCGACCAUCACUUCUGAAGCAUCGAGCUCUUCAAGCCAGGUACCAGCUGCUUCAGCUAAUUCAACUUCGGUUGCACCUACUUCUGGAUCUUCCAUUGCUCCUAACUCUACGUCCAGUCAGCAAUCGACCAUCACUUCCUCUGCGUCGAACUCUACCUCUAGUUCGAUAACUGCAAGUUCAGCUUCCAACAGCAGUAGUCCAGCAACCGCAAGUUCAGCGGCUCCAUCUAGUGGAUUUGUUCAAAACUCCACUUCCAGUUCAGUAACUGCAAGUUCAGCUUCCAACAGCAGUAGUCCAGUGACCACAAGUUCAGCGGCUCCAACCAGUAGCGUUUUGUACAACACCACCAGUCCAGUAACUGCAAGCUCAACCGCCCCAUCUAGUAGCUUUAUCCAGAACUCUACUACAACUGCACCAUCUAGUAGCGAUUUCUACAACAGCAGCAGCCCAGUAACUGCAAGCUCAACUGCUCCAACUAGCAGCUCUUUCCAGAACUCCACUACAACUGCUCUAUCUAGUAGUGAUUUCUACAACAGCAGCAGCCCAGUAACUGCAAGCUCAACUGCUCCAAUUAGCAGCGCUUUCCAGAAUUCCACUACAACUGCUCCAUCUAGUAGCGAUUUCUACAACAGCAGCAGCCCAGUAACUGCAAGCUCAACUGCUCCAACUAGCAGCGCUUUCAAGAAUUCCACUACAACUGCUCCAUCUAGUAGCGCUUUCUACAACAGCAGUAGUCCAGUAACUGCAAGUUCAACUGCUCCAACUAGCAGCUCUUUCCAGAACUCUACUGCAACUGCUCCAUCUAGCAGCGCUUUCCAGAACUCCACUACAACUGCUCCAUCUAGUAGCGCUUUCUACAACAGCAGCAGCCCAGUAACUGCAAGCUCAACCGCCCCAUCUAGUAGCUUUAUCCAGAACUCCACUACAACUGCACCAUCUAGUAGCGCUUUCUACAACAGCAGUAGUCCAGUAACUGCAAGUUCAACUGCUCCAUCUAGCAGCUCUUUCCAGAACUCUACUGCAACUGCUCCAUCUAGCAGCGCUUUCCAGAACUCCACUACAACUGCUCCAUCUAGUAGCGCUUUCUACAACAGCAGCAGCCCAGUAACUGCAAGCUCAACUGCUCCAUCUAGCAGCUCUUUCCAGAAUUCUACUACAACUGCUCCAUCCAGUAGCGCUUUCCAGAACUCCACUGCAACUGCUCUAUCUAGUAGCGCUUUCUACAACAGCAGCAGCCCAGUAACUGCAAGUACAACUGCUCCAUCUAGCAGCUCUUUCCAGAAUUCUACUACAACUGCUCCAUCCAGUAGCGCUUUCCAGAACUCCACUACAACUGCUCCAUCUAGUAGCGUUUUCUACAACAGCAGUAGUCCAGUAACUGCAAGCUCAACUGCUCCAACUAGCAGCUCUUUCCAGAACUCCACUACAGCUGCUCCAUCUGGUAGCGCUUUCUACAACAGCAGUAGUCCAGUAACUGCAAGUUCAACUGCUCCAACUAGCAGCUCUUUCCAGAACUCUACUGCAACUGCUCCAUCCAGCAGCGCUUUCCAGAACUCCACUACAGCUGCUCCAUCUAGUAGCGUUUUCUACAACAGCAGUAGUCCAGUAACUGCAAGCUCAACUGCUCCAUCCAGCAGCGCUUUCCAGAACUCCACUACAGCUGCUCCAUCUAGUAGCGUUUUCCAGAACUCCACUACAACUGCUCCAUCCAGUAGCGUUUUCUACAACAGCAGUAGUCCAGUAACUGCAAGUUCAACUGCUCCAACUAGCAGCUCUUUCCAGAACUCUACUGCAACUGCUCCAUCCAGCAGCGUUUUCCAGAACUCCACUACAACUGCUCCAUCCAGUAGCGUUUUCUACAACAGCAGUAGUCCAGUAACUGCAAGUUCAACUGCUCCAUCUAGCAGCGCUUUCCGGAACUCCACUACAGCUGUUCCAUCUAGUAGCGUUUUCUACAACAGCAGUAGUCCAGUAACUGCAAGCUCAACUGCUCCAUCCAGUAGCGCUUUCCAGAACUCCACUACAACUGCUCCAUCUAGUAGCGUUUUCUACAACAGCAGCAGUUCAAUGAGCACAUCUGCUCCUUUGACAUCCAACUCUUUGAACACAUCUUCAUCUGGAUCGAUUGUGCCACACUCUACUGUGAUUACUGACACCACCACUACGCCAACUUCUUGGUCAAUUUUACCAACACAAGGUGCUAGCUCUACCGUGGAGUCUUCACAAUCUGCAGCAGCUCCAUCUAGUGGAUUUGUUCAAAACUCUACCACCAGUCCAGUAACUGUAAGUUCGACUGCUCCAUCUAGUGGAUUUGUUCAAAACUCUACCACCAGUCCAGUAACUGUAAGUUCGACUGCUCCAUCUAGCAGCGUUUUGUACAACACCACCAGUCCAGUAACCGCAAGUUCAACAGCUCCAUCUAGCGGUGUGUUGUCCAACAUCACCAAUCCAGUAACCGCAAGUUCGACUGCUCCAUCUAGCAGUGUUUUGUACAACACCACCAGUCCAGUAACCGCAAGUUCAACAGCUCCAUCUAGCGGUGUGUUUUCCAACAGCAGCAGCAGUCCAAUGAGCACACCUGCUUCAUCUGGGACAAUUUUACCAAAUUCUACUAUAACAUCUGGCUCCAUCGUAAUGCCAACUUCAAGUAGUUCCUCAUUCAACUCAACAGUGACACCUGGUUCUGUCUCAUCUUUACCAUCUAGCAGUUACGUGGCAAAUACUACCUCUUCUGUGCCAUACAAGACUUCUUUGUCGAGCAAUUCUAACAGUUUAGGUUACUCUACAGCAACUUCACCAACAUCUAGUAGCUAUUUUUCAAAUUCCACUUUGACUGCUAGUUUAACCUCUAGUCCAUCCGAGACUUACACUGUUAUUACCAGGACUGAUAAUGGUCAAGUUACUUCCUUCACCAGUUGGUUCCCAGUUGCUACUCAGAGUACCUCAGGAAAUGGUACUUCUACCAGUUCUGCUUCACCUUACGAAACAUACACUGUUAUUACCAGGACUGAUAAUGGUCAAGUUACUUCUUUCACCAGUUGGUUCCCAGUUGCUACUCAGAGUACCUCAGGAAAUGGUACUCCUACCAGUUCUGCUUCACCUUACGAAACAUACACUGUUAUUGCCAGGACUGAUAAUGGUCAAGUUACUUCUUUCACCAGUUGGUUCCCAGUUGCUACUCAGAGUACCUCAGGAAAUGGUACUCCUACCAGUUCUGCUUCACCUUACGAAACAUACACUGUUAUUACCAGGACUGAUAAUGGUCAAGUUACUUCUUUCACCAGUUGGUUCCCAGUCUCUACGAAGGACACUGGUUCAGCGGUUUCUGACACUACAGCGGUUCAAGGCACUAGCAGCGCUACCACUACAGCAGAAAAUGGUCAAUCUUCUUUGCAUCCAGUGAAUACAUUGUCCUCUGGUUCUGUCGCCACACUAACGAGUACUGGAACUUUCACAGCUACUUCUGGCACAGAGACGACUACCUACACUAGUGCUGUGCCUUUCACAACAACAGAAACUUGCCAAUCUUCUUUGUCUCCAGUGAAUACAUUGCCUUCGACUUCUGUUGUCACAUUGACUAGUACUGGAACUUUCACCGCUACUUCUGGUACAGAAACGACUACUUACACUAGUGCUGUUCCUUUCACAACAACAGAAACUUGCCAAUCUUCUUUGCUUCCAGUGAAUACAUUGCCUUCGACUUCUGUUGUCACAUUGACUAGUACUGGAACUUUCACCGCUACUUCUGGUACAGAAACGACUACUUACACUAGUGCUGUGCCUUUCACAACAACAGAAACUUGCCAAUCUUCUUUGUCUCCAGUGAAUACAUUGCCUUCGAUUUCUGUUGUCACAUUAACUAGUACUGGAACUUUCACAGCUACUUCUGGUACAGAAACGACUACUUACACCAGUGCUGUGCCUUUCACAACAACAGAAACUUGCCAAUCUUCCUUACUUCCAGUGAAUACAUUGUCCUCUGGUUCUGUCGCCACACUAACGAGUACUGGAACUUUCACAGCUGUUUCCGGUACAGAAACGACUACCUACACUAGCGCUGUUCCUUUCACUACAACAGAAAAUGUCCAGUCUUCUCUUCCUCCAGUGAAUACAUUGCCUUCGAAUUCUGUUGUCACAUUAACUAACACUGGAACUUUCGCUGCUCCUUCUGGUGCACAAACGGUUAUUUACACCAAUGUUGUUCCUUUCGCAAACACUACUAUUGGUAGUAAUAGAACUGGACAAACUACUGCCUUUAGUGGACCACACUAUACAUUGGCAGGUAACGGCUCUAUUCCUUCUCAGACAAAGGCUGGUCAAACCAAUGUGACCACGAGUGUUCAGAUUAGACAGGCUGGACAGACCUCUGCUCAGAGUGUCUCCGAAACUUCUCCCGCUGGUAUUGCAGGAGCUAUAUCGACCAUUCAAGCCGCUUCUGCCACUCCAGCUGAUUCUAUUACUCAACCAGAAUCUACUACUUAUAGAACUUAUAAAGUUGUUACCACAACGAUCAAUGGAGCGGAAGCUGGUUCGACUACACAAUCAAGCAAUGAAGCACCAACCACUACAGAUUACUCAAUUGCUCACAAGUCUGAUCAAACGAGUGAAGUCCCGAUCACAACUCCUUCUAAUGGUGUCCCGGCUCCAAUAACCCAAACAUUGACAAUAUCCUAUGAUACAACGCAGGCGAUUAGUACGGCAAGCGGAAUUGAACCUACGGAGCCAUGCUCGUGUUUCGAAGUGGUUGAAACUUUGACAAGAGUAUCCGGAGGUGAUUGGUCCACUGUAGGUGUAACUCAGUCACCUAUACAGGCUACUUCCACAUGCAGUUCUAACAUUACCACAACAGCGCCUAUUGAUACCAUCGCUAAGCGUCAAGUCUCCAUUACAAACACAGGCAGUACUGGCCAAACUUUGAAUUUGCAGACAUUUGAAGCGGGUGCAGUUCGCCCAAAAAUAAGUCUGUUAUCCUCUAUCCUAUGUUUUAUGAUGCUAUUUGUUUGA